CAGCUCUGUCUCUGAGACGAGGUUUUCAACCUAAUGCAGAGAAUUAAUGUUGCGUCAUCGGCUUAAAAUGAGCCACAAAGGAAGUGCUACUUCUCACCUGCUUUCAAUCCUUGCAGUGAGACAACAUGGAGGUCACAGCUCUCCGCAUCAGACCGUUGAUCAAUGUGCUGUUCCUGCUUUGUGCACUGGAUCAGAGAGUCCAUUCAGUGUUUAUUCGAGUUGUCCCUGACAGGCUGCAGUUCUUUGAAUAUGACCCUGUAGCUUUCCAUUGUGAGGGGGUCAAAGGGCAAGUACUCUCAUGUAGAAGUACAAGUACGCAGGCAUUUAAACAGAAACGCUGUAACAUUACAAGUGUUUAUCCAGAAGACAGUGGAGCGUACUGGUGUGAGGCUGAAGGGGGGGAGAGAAGCAACAGCGUCAACAUCACUGUCACUGCACAUUCAGUGAUCCUGGACAGUCCUGCUCGUCCUGCGAUGGAGGGAGAGUCUGUGGCUCUGAGCUGCAGAAACAAGAUGGCUUCUUCCAACCUCACAGCUGAUUUCUACAAAGAUGGCCGCCUCAUCAGGAGCAGCUCUAAGGGAAUCAUGACCCUCUACAGUGUGUCCAAGUGGGAUGAAGGACUCUACAAGUGCACCAUCUCUGGAGCUGGAGAGUCACCACAGAGCUGGCUGGCUGUCAGAGGUGAGACAUCACAAUGUUUCAAAAAAUAA